UGGUACUACAUGUUUUGACAUUGGUCUAAGAUGGCGGUAUUUUUCAGUGUUAGUGCAUGGUGGGAGUAUCGCGAUCUUUAAUUUUUUUCAUAUUAUUAGUUGAAUUUUGUUGCCAAUGAAUCAUGGAAGCUGGUGCGAGUACCGGUACUCGUACAACACGAUUUAUGAUGGAGGGUGUCGGAGCUCGAGUCAUCCGUGGACCCGAAUGGAAGUGGGGUAAACAGGAUGGAGGAGAAGGUCAUGUUGGAACUGUUAGAAAUUUUGAGUCUCCAGAGGAGGUUGUUGUUGUUUGGGAUAAUGGUACAGCAGCUAAUUAUCGUUGUUCCGGUGCAUUUGAUCUUAGAAUCUUGGAUUCAGCUCCAACUGGUGUAAAACACGAUGGGACGAUGUGUGAUACUUGUAGGCAACAGCCAAUUUUUGGAAUUCGUUGGAAAUGCGCAGAAUGUGGAAAUUAUGAUCUAUGUUCUAUUUGUUAUCAUGGAGAUAAGCAUCAUCUAAGACACAGAUUUUAUCGUAUAGCAACACCUGGAAGUGAAAGAGUAUUACUGGAACCCAGACGUAAAAGUAAAAAGAUUGCAAUUCGUGGUAUAUUUCCUGGUGCAAGAGUGGUAAGAGGCGUUGAUUGGCAGUGGGAAGAUCAAGAUGGUGGAAAUGGCCGAAGAGGUAAAGUUAAUGAAAUUCAAGAUUGGUCUGCAGCCAGUCCACGUUCAGCAGCCUAUGUUAUUUGGGAUAAUGGUGCCAAAAAUUUGUAUCGCGUUGGUUUUGAAGGAAUGGCGGAUUUAAAAGUUGUUAAUGAUGCUAAAGGUCAAACAGUUUAUAGAGAUCAUUUGCCAUUAUUAGGUGAACAAGGACCAGGUCGUACUGGACCUCAUGGAUUACAAAUUGGAGAUCAGGUAACCGUUGAUUUAGAGUUGGAAAUCGUACAGUCGUUACAACACGGUCAUGGUGGUUGGACUGACGGUAUGUUCGAGUGUCUCGGUACUACGGGAACUGUCGUUGGCAUUGACGAAGAUCAUGACAUUGUCGUGUCAUAUCCAAGCGGUAAUCGAUGGACUUUUAAUCCUGCCGUAUUGACGAAAGUACAAAUACCAGUACCAGUUACUAGUUCAAGUUCUGAUAAUCAAACUUUUGCGGUUGGUGAUUUGGUGCAGAUAUGUAACGAUAUAGAAAAAAUAAAAUUACUCCAACGUGGUCACGGAGAAUGGGCCGAAGCAAUGGCGCCGACUAUGGGAAAGAUUGGUAGAGUUUUGCAAAUAUACCACGAUGGAGAUUUAAAAGUAGAAGUUUGUAGUACAUCUUGGACGUACAAUCCUCAAGCAGUUACAAAAGUUGCAAGUAGUGAUGGUAGUGUACCAGGGAAUAGCAGUGGAGAACGUUUAUCGGCAUUAUUGAAAAAAUUGUUUGAAACACAUGUCUCGGGUGACGUAAACGAAGAACUAGUGAAAACUGCUGCAAAUGGUGACGCUGCUAAAUGCGAAGAAUGUUUAAAAAGACCCGAGGCUGAUGUAAAUGGUGUAUUUGCUGGUCAUACCGCCUUACAAGCUGCAAGUCAAAAUGGUCAUUUGGAAGUUGUUAAAAUUCUUCUUCGUUAUAAAGCAGAUGUUGAAAUUGAGGACAAAGAUGGAGAUAGAGCCGUGCAUUAUGCAGCAUUUGGAGACGAAUCUGGCGUGAUGGCAUUAUUGGCAGGUGCUGGAGCUGAUUUGAAUUCCAGAAAUAAGAGACGUCUGACUGCCCUCCAUAUCGCGAUUAGUAAAGGUCAUGCCGGUGUCGUGCGUACAUUACUGGAAUUAGGAUGCCAUCCAAGUUUACAGGACGCGGAAGGCGACACACCCCUUCACGAUGCGAUCUCUAAGAAACGGGAUGACAUCUUGGCUCUGUUGUUGGACCACGCCGCAGACAUCACCCUCACGAACAACGACGGAUUCAACGCUCUGCACCACGCCGCUCUUCGUGGAAACCCAAGCGCAAUGCGGGUACUCCUCUCGAAACUUCCGAGACCAUGGAUAGUUGACGAGAAAAAGGACGAUGGUUACACAGCCCUUCAUCUGGCUGCUCUGAACAAUCACGUCGAAGUUGCUGAACAGCUGGCACGUGCUGGAAAAGCUGACCUGGAUUUGCAAAACGUCAAUUUGCAGACCGCGUUGCAUCUCGCUGUCGAGCGACAGCACACGCAAAUCGUUCGUCUUCUGGUACGCGCGGGCGCUAAUUUGAACGUGGCAGACAAGGAUGGAGACACGCCUCUUCACGAAGCCUUGAGAUACCAUACUUUGUCGCAGCUGCGACAGCUGCAGGAUGUCCAGGACGUAGGACGUCUCUUGAUGGGUCUAGGCGCACAAGGACAGGAUAAGAAGAGUAGCUCGUUCAUCGCUUGUUUCCUAGCUGCUCAUGGGGCCGAUUUGAAAUUAAAAAAUAAGAAAGGACAAACUCCUCUCGAUCUAUGUCCGGAUCCAAAUCUUUGCAAAACUUUAACUACUUGUCACAAGGAUAAAGAAUCUUUCAGGCAUGAUAUCGAAACGGCAGCCCCAUCAGCUACAAUCGACGAAUGUUUGGUCUGCUCCGAUGGAAAACGUGAAAUGCUUUUCAGUCCCUGCGGUCAUGUAACUUGUUGUAAUAUUUGUGCGCCAAGAGUGAAAAAAUGUCUAAUAUGCAGAGAGAAUGUUCUUUCGAGGACGAAGAUUGAGGAAUGUGUCGUUUGUUCUGAUCGAAAGGCUAGCAUGCUAUUUCGUCCAUGUGGACAUAUGUGCGCUUGCGAAAGUUGCGCAACCCUGAUGAAGAAAUGCGUUCAAUGCAGAACUCAAAUUCAACACAUGGUACCACUAUCGAUGUGUUGUGGUGGAGGAGGAGACGUUACUUACGUUAAAAAUUCUAAUGCUUCAGGGGUAACGAUAACAGAAGUAAAGAACGAUCAAGAAGAAGAAUUACCACAACAAAAUACUGGGGGUGGGGAAACUAUUUUAAUGAACAAUGGUAGUCGAGAUACAUCUCAUAACGAUAUACAGAAACUUCAACAGCAACUUCAAGAUAUUAAAGAACAGACUAUGUGUCCAGUUUGCUUAGAUCGUUUAAAAAAUAUGAUAUUUUUAUGCGGUCACGGAACAUGUCAAAUGUGUGGAGAUCGGAUGUCAGAAUGUCCAAUAUGUCGAAAAGCUGUAGACAAACGAAUUUUACUGUAUUGAAUAUAAAAAAAAGGAUUGUUAUUUAGAAUUGAAAUUCUUUUUAAGAAUUAUUAUAUUAUUGUUAAGAAUUAAUAAUAGGAAUAAUUAAAUAUUGCAUUCAAUGAUAUAAAUUUUUAUAUUUUUUUUCCAUAUAUUUUUCUGUUUCAACUUCCAAAUAAGACUGUAUUAUAAAUUAAAAUUUUAUUAAAAUUAUCAAAAUAUUUUUACAUACUGCUUAUUUUUUUAAGCAAAAUUAAGUUUAUAUUAAUUAUUUUCCAUGAAAAAUUUAUAUAAUAUUUUUUAUAUACAUAUUUUAAAGUUUUCGAAAACAUUUAUACAAGUUGAAAUAAAUAAAUAUUUUGAUUGAUUACUUUAUACUAUUGUAUAUUAUAAAUAGACAUCAUAAAUCAGUUAUUUAAUGUUAUAAUUUGUAUCAAUUAUUUUUAUUUUUAGCAAAUAUGUGCUAGAUAUAAGUAUCUAUAUAAAAAUCUUUAAUCUUAAAGAAUGUAUCUAAUACAAUUCAUAAUAUGAAUUAAAAAUAUUUCCUACUUUGUUUUUUAAGAGAAAAACUAGAAAAUGCAGUAUUUAUUUAUUCCUUUUUUUUCAAACGAAAUAUACACAUGAAUUAUUACUUAUCACUAUCUAUUAUUAUUACUUAUUAUUAAUUUAGCUCAUUUUCGCAAUAUAAUGAUAAUCAAUUAAAUAUAUAUAGAUUAUUUUACGAAUUAGGCAAAACAUGAAUAUGUUUUAAAGUUAUAAGAUAGCAAAAUAUUAAAUAUUAAUAUUAAAUGAAUUAAUUAAUAA